AUGGCGGUAGCCGUGCAACCAGCCAUCGACACGCUCUCUCCUCCUCCCGUCGGUGCUGCCGUCUCUUCCUCUCACCAACCUCUACCAGCCGAACCAGUCGCACCCUCAACGGCAUCAAACCCGCCACCAGAUGUACCCGUCCACUCCAGCAUUCGCAUCAACGACGAGCGACAGCUGCUCGCCCACGAUCGCGUGGUGCUGAGCGACGUGCCGCCGUCGCUCGUGCUCACGCCGCACGCGGGGGGAUUGGGAGAUUCGGGCAAAGGGGCGGGGGAGGCGGAGGCACAGGGCGUGUUUCUGGGGAGUCGGUUCCGCGAGGCGCACAGCUGGCACGUGUUCCGCCUGGGCGUGCUCCGGGGCGCGCGGUUCCUGUGCUGCUUCCGCUUCAAGCUCUGGUGGAUGACGCAGCGCGUGGGCAGCAGCGGGCGCGAGGUCCCCGUGGAAACGCAGUUCCUGCUGCUCGAGCUCCCCCCGCAGCAGCAGCAGCAGCAGGACAGUGGGGGUGAGGGGAAGGUUGUGGGGGAGGAGGCGGGCGGCAGCGCGAGCGCGAGGGUGUACGUGGUGGUGCUGCCGCUGCUGGACGGGUCCUUCCGUGCGGCGCUGCAAGGCUCGCCCUCCGACCAUCUUGAAGUGUGCCUCGAGAGCGGCGACCCCCAGGUGUGCACGGAUGAGUCACUGCACCCUGUGUACAUGCACAGCGGCACCAACCCCUACUCCAUUAUCGCCGAUGCUGUCAAGGCGGUGGAGCAGCACACGGGGUCGUUCCUGAGGCGGGAGGAGAAGCAGCUGCCAGGGCUGCUGGACUGCUUCGGGUGGUGCACGUGGGACGCCUUCUACACCAAGGUGGACGCUCACGGCGUCAAGCAGGGGCUUGCUAGUCUGGCAGAAGGCAACACGCCGGCCAAGUUCCUAAUCAUCGAUGACGGAUGGCAAUCAGUGGCGGCUGACUCACAUGAGGACUCCAGUGCCACCAUCACUGUCGGCACACAGUAUGCAAGUCGCCUCACAGACCUCAAGGCCAACUACAAGUUCAAGCAGCAGCAGCAGCAGCAGGGGGAGGGGGAGGAAAAGGAGGGUGAAGGGCGGGUGGAGAAGGGGCAGGGAGAUGAGGGGCCGAGUGAGCUGGGCGAGGCAGCGGGCAUGGUGCAUGGGCUGGGGCAGGUGGUGCGUGAGGUGGUGCGCGAGGUGAAGGCUGCUCACGACCUCAAGUACGUGUACGUGUGGCACGCACUGAUGGGCUACUGGGGAGGAGUCCGCCCGCACGCCAGCACCAUGCAGCAGUUCGACCCAGCCCUGGUCUUCCCAGUGCCUUCCCCCUCCAUCCUGCUCAACCAGCCCGACAUGGCCCACGACUCCCUCACCCUCAACGGGCUGGGCGUGGUCAGCCCCGCCAAGGUGUUCCACUUCUACGACGCACUGCACGGGUAUCUGGCCGCGUGCGGGGUGGACGGGGUGAAGGUGGACGUGCAGAAUAUUCUAGAGACGCUGGGCGCGGGGUAUGGGGGACGGGUGGCGCUGGCGAGGGGGUAUCAUGAGGCGCUGGAGCGGAGCGUGGCGAAGAACUUUGAGGAGAAUGGGGUGAUCGCGUGCAUGAGUCAUAAUACCGACGGGCUGUACUCUGACGAUACAUGUGUUCUGAGCAGGGCGAAGCAGACAGCAGUGGUGCGGGCGUCCGAUGACUUUUGGCCCACCGACCCCGCCUCGCACACCGUGCACAUCGUCUCUGUGGCGUACAACAGCCUGUUCCUGGGCGAGUUCAUGCAGCCCGACUGGGACAUGUUCCACUCGCUGCAUCCAGCAGCGGAGUUCCACGCAGCAGCACGCGCCGUGGGGGGAUGCGCCGUUUAUGUCAGCGACAAGCCAGGGCAGCACGACUUCAAUGUGCUGCGCAAGCUGGUGCUGCCAGACGGCUCUGUGCUGCGCGCCAAGCUGCCUGGCCGACCCACCAGGGACUGCCUCUUUGCCGACCCUGCCCGGGACCACACCAGCAUGCUCAAGAUCUGGACGAUGAACGCGUGCAGUGGCAUGGUGGGGGCGUUCAACUGCCAGGGCGCGGGGUGGUGCCGCGACGGCCGCAAAUACACCAUGCACAACCCUGACCCUGAUGCGGUUACUGGGACUGUUGCUGCUGCUGACGUGGACCUGCUUGCUGACGUGGCGGCCAGCGACUGGACGGGAGAUGUGGCGGUGUUUUCCCAUAAUGCAGGCGAGUUGGUGCGUCUACCAGCAGACACAUCUCUGGUGGUGCACCUGCAUCGCCUCGAGUUUGAGCUCUACACUGUCGCCCCCAUCACUGUACGCCCCCGUUUUGAGUUGACUCAUGAGUCGUCUUAUCACCUCCCUCUGUCCACCCACAGUCACACCCAUACCACCCAUACCCCCGUCAACCCUGCCAUCCCCCCUCACCAGGUGGUGGGAAGCGUGGCAGUGGCGCCAAUAGGCCUGACCAACAUGUACAACUCAGGGGGUGCCGUGCUGUCCGUGCGCAGCAGCAACACCAGUGGUGCCGGCACUUGUGCCACCAGCCCAGAUGCUGCAGGUGCAGGUUCACCGAAUGCAGACACGACAGAGGCACACAAAGCAGCAGCGAGAGAAGCAGAUGCGAGGGAGCCGGGAGCAGGCGCAGCUGAAGCGACGGUGGAGGUGGAAAUGAGGGGAGGGGGCAGCUUUGUGCUGUAUGCGUCGAAGGAGCCGUUGUGGUGUACAGUGGACGGGGCAGAGGCACAGGUUGCUUACACUCCUGAUGAUGGCCGGGCGGCCGUGCAGGUGCCAUUCAGGGCAGGUGCUACCUGCUUGCUCAGAUUCGCCUGGUGA